AUGUCUCUUGACCAAAACGCCUGGAUAUCCCAGGAUAUAAUCCCAAUCGAAUUCGAUUUUGAUAGAUGGCUGGUUGAGAAUGCCGGGGAAACACAGGACGUCGCUCCAAAUGAGACGCAUGGUCUCUCCUCCAACACGAUGCCUACCAACAAUACGAUGCCUAGCUUUGAGGCAUCGAGCCUCAACUUCGAUACAAAUAUCGAAGACGCGGCUGACGCUAGUUGGCUGGACGAUCAGUAUAGCCGGAUCGUAAGAGAAAAUCCGUUUCAGACUGGAUUCCAGCAUUCACAUAAUAUUCCGGCACCUACGGGGCUGCCGUAUAACAGCUCUCCCCUUCCCUCAGAGUAUGGGUCUACGGCCUUGAGUACUCCAGGAGUCGCUGGUUAUAGCGCCAUCAGCAAACCAGGUAAGCAUCAGACACAAGAUUCUAAACCUGGUCUAUCUUGCCUCGUAUCUAAGGCUGAUAAAGCAAAAGCCGUGCAGAAACCGCCGAGAAAGACUCGUAGUGACAAGGGGAUGAAGCGUGAGCCGAGGCGAACAGGUAAAAUUCCCACGGUUACUGUCACCAUCACCGUUACUGAUAUUAAUACUUCAUUGACAGGGAACCGCGAGGGAAGUGAAAGCACAGUCCAGGGGGAUAAGAUCCCGAAUAACAUGGACAUAAAACGAAAGCGCAGUCGAGAGGAUGGCGAGGAUUCCCACACGGACUGCGGUCCUCAUGAAAGAAAUAAUAGUCGCAAGAGACGUUUGGUUGAGAAACCGACAAAAUAUGAGGACCGCAUUUACGAAUGGGAUGACUCAAAUCGGCCUAAAUCUUCGAGGAUAGGUGAGAAUGGAAUGCUCAAUGCCGGAUUGGCACCGCGCCCUCCAGGUGUCUAUAGACUUUUUGGACGUGUUUCUAAUGAAGUAAUGUCCAAGAAGGAAUACUACUAUAGGCGGAAGGGGCAACCUGAAACCAACGCUGUCAUUGUCGAAUCGUCCCCAGCUCCCUCGACGGGGAAGAAAUCGAGACAUUUGAAUCGCCGUGAGCAUGUACCAGUGGGCCUCGUGCGCGAAAGCGCACCAGGGGAUUAUGACCCCUUUCACAAUGAGUACUACUCCGGGGACGAUAAUGUUUCGGACGGAGAGGCUGAGGUGGAAGGGAAAGCCACCGACUAUAAGCCACCGAGGAUGGCUUGUCGUACCUGCAAUAAGCUGAAGCAGCCGUGCGACCACAAAUACCCAUCGUGUUCCUUAUGCCAAAAGCAAGGGAAGCGAUGCCGAUACCGAGACCCGCUGACGGGGCGUCAAAUUAAACCUGGACAGCUGGAGGAGGUGGAGGCCGGAUAUGUAGCGGCAAAAAAGAUGGUAAGGCAGUUGCAAGAGGAAGUGCAAACCCUAAAAAGGGAAUUACAUGCAUCUAGAAAACUAGGAGAUGCCGAAAAACAGGAACAUGCAUCCUCGGGCUAG